UACCCCGCCCCUUCGCUCCGGGAAUCCAGAGUUGUUUACAUUACUGCCACGGGUCAGGAAUGGUAAGGACCUGACGGACUCUUUCUGAACACGUAACUAGCUAGCUACCUAUUCAACUCAUUUUACAAUUAGAGGUCUUCUGUUUUAGCGCACAGGGAAACUCGACUGCAGCACGACUUUGGAUUGGAAAAGUAAGCCCCUAAGCAAAGACAACCGCCAUCACCACCAGAAGACCGAAGGAAUAGUGAGGCUCCCACUUCCUGAGGUGUGAGUGACUGAUCUUCUGACACCAUGGACAUGGACACCCAAUCACAAGGCCAGCAGGCAGCAGUACCCUCGUUCCAGCCACAGCCGCUCCAGCCGGACAUGGGCCACAACUCUCUGGCUAACUUCCUGAUUGAGAAGAAGAUUGGGCGUGGCCAGUUCAGUGAGGUGUACCGGGCCAGGUACCUGAUGGACAACACCUCCAUGGCCCUUAAGAAGGUUCAGAUAUUCGACUUGAUGGAUGCCAAAGCUCGGCAAGAUUGCAUCAAAGAAAUAGAUCUCCUAAAGCAACUGAACCACCCCAACGUGAUCAAGUACCAUGCAUCAUUUAUUGAGGAGAACGAGCUGAACAUUGUGUUGGAGCUGGCUGAUGCUGGGGACCUCUCCCGGAUGAUCAAGCACUUUAAGAAGCAGCGGAGGUUGAUUCCAGAGAGGACCGUGUGGAAGUACUUUGUCCAGCUGUGCAGUGCGCUGGAACACAUGCACUCUCGACGGGUCAUGCACAGAGAUAUCAAGCCAGCUAAUGUGUUCAUAACUGCCACAGGAGUGGUGAAGCUGGGAGAUCUGGGACUGGGAAGAUUCUUCAGUUCCAAAACCACCGCUGCCCAUUCUCUAGUGGGCACCCCCUACUACAUGUCUCCAGAGAGAAUACAUGAAAAUGGAUACAACUUCAAAUCUGACAUCUGGUCGCUAGGCUGCCUGCUCUACGAGAUGGCAGCUCUCCAGAGCCCGUUCUACGGUGAUAAGAUGAACCUGUACUCUCUUUGUAAGAAGAUAGAGCAGUGUGACUACCCUCCACUUCCAUCCGACCACUACUCUGAAGAGCUGAGAAAAGUGGUAGAUAUGUGUAUUAACCCCGACCCAGAGAAGAGGGCUGACAUCAUAGACGUGUAUGAUAUUGCCAAACACAUGCAACGCCAGACGCAGCUGGGCAGCUAAGUCUUCACGGGAGACACACUACGACCUGCACUCCAAUCUUCCUCUCCUCUCCUCCUCUCCUCUCCUCCUCUUUCCUCACCUCCACAGAAGGACAGGCAGACAUCGAUGUUGUCUUUCACACAAUCAUGUAUGCAGAAGUUCAGUUGUUCAGAGGUUUCUGUAAUGUUAAGGUUGUUUUUGUUUAUGAGAAGGGAAUGCUGUCUCCCAGAUGUCUAUCUCCCAGAUAUGUCCUCUAUCUAUUCCCAUUGAGCUUAAAGAUGGCUGCAGCUAAGAAUCUUUACAUGUUCUGUUGGUGCCCCCUGCCCUGCCCUGCCUGGCCCUGCCCUGCCCUGCCUGGCCCUGCCCUGCCUGGCACUGCCCUGCCUGGCCCUGCCCUGCCUGGCACUGCCCUGCCUGGCCCUGCCCUGCCUGGCCCUGCCUGGCACUACCCUGCCUGGCCCUGCCCUGCCUGGCCCUGCCCUGCCUGGCCCUGCCCUGUCCUGCCCUGCCUGGCCCUGCCCUGCCUGGCCCUGCCCUGCCUUAGACCGCUGCGUCACUCGGGAGGCCCGGUCCUGAUGUUGUUAAGUAGAAAUAGCAGCAUAUGUACUGUCUACGUAUGUACACAGCCUGUAUCACAGAGGAAUCUGCAGUAUGAAUGUUGAGUGUUGUACUGUUAGUUAGUUUAGUAACACAACAUCCUGUUAGUUAGUUUAGUAACACAACAUCCUGCUAGUUAGUUUAGUAACACAACAUCCUGUUAGUUUAGUAACACAACAUCCUGUUAGUUUAGUAACACAACAUCCUGUUAGUUAGUUUAGUAACACAACAUCCUGCUAGUUAGUUUAGUAACACAACAUCCUGUUAGUUUAGUAACACAACAUCCUGUUAGUUUAGUAACACAACAUCCUGUUAGUUAGUUUAGUAACACAACAUCCUGUUAGUUAGUUUAGUAACACAACAUCCUGUUAGUUAGUUAGUUUAGUAACACAACAUCCUGUUAGUUUAGUAACACAACAUCCUGUUAGUUAGUUUAGUAACACAACAUCCUGUUAGUUUAGUAACACAACAUCCUGUUAGUUAGUUUAGUAACACAACAUCCUGUUAGUUAGUUUAGUAACACAACAUCCUGUUAGUUAGUUAGUUUAGUAACACAACAUCCUGUUAGUUAGUUAGUUUAGUAACACAACAUCCUGUUAGUUAGUUAGUUUAGUAACACAACAUCCUGUUAGAUAGUUUAGUAACACAACAUCCUGUUAGUUGGUUUAGUAACACAACAUCCUGUUAGUUAGUUUAGUAACACAACAUCCUGUUAGUUAGUUUAGUAACACAACAUCCUGCUAGUUAGUUUAGUAACACAACAUCCUGUUAGUUAGUUUAGUAACACAACAUCCUGUUAGUUAGUUUAGUAACACAACAUCCUGUUAGUUAGUUUAGUAACACAACAUCCUGUUAGUUUAGUAACACAACAUCCUGUUAGUUUAGUAACACAACAUCCUGUUAGUUAGUUUAGUAACACAACAUCCUGCUAGUUAGUUUAGUAACACAACAUCCUGUUAGUUAGUUUAGUAACACAACAUCCUGCUAGUUAGUUUAGUAACACAACAUCCUGUUAGUUAGUUUAGUAACACAACAUCCUGCUAGUUAGUUUAGUAACACAAUAUCCUGUUAGUUAGUUUAGUAACACAUCAUCCUGCUAGUUAGUUUAGUAACACAACAUCCUGUUAGUUAGUUUAGUAACACAACAUCCUGUUAGUUAGUUUAGUAACACAACAUCCUGUUAGUUAGUUUAGUAACACAACAUCCUGUUAGUUAGUUUAGUAAAACAACAUCCUGUUAGUUUAGUAACACAACAUCCUGUUAGUUAGUUUAGUAACACAACAUCCUGUUAGUUUAGUAACACAACAUCCUGUUAGUUAGUUUAGUAACACAACAUCCUGCUAGUUAGUUUAGUAACACAACAUCCUGCUAGUUAGUUUAGUAACACAACAUCCUGCUAGUUAGUUUAGUAACACAACAUCCUGUUAGUUAGUUUAGUAACACAACAUCCUGUUAGUUAGUUUAGUAACACAACAUCCUGUUAGUUAGUUUAGUAACACAACAUCCUGUUAGUUAGUUUAGUAACACAACAUCCUGUUAGUUAGUUUAGUAACACAACAUCCUGUUAGUUUAGUAACACAACAUUCUGUUAGUUUAGUAACACAACAUCCUGUUAGUUAGUUUAGUAACACAACAUCCUGUUAGUUAGUUUAGUAACACAACAUCCUGUUAGUUUAGUAACACAACAUCCUGUUAGUUUAGUAACACAACAUCCUGUUAGUUAGUUUAGUAACACAACAUCCUGUUAGUUAGUUUAGUAACACAACAUCCUGUUAGUUUAGUAACACAACAUCCUGUUAGUUUAGUAACACAACAUCCUGUUAGUUAGUUUAGUAACACAACAUCCUGUUAGUUAGUUUAGUAACACAACAUCCUGUUAGUUUAGUAACACAACAUCCUGUUAGUUUAGUAACACAACAUCCUGUUAGUUUAGUAACACAACAUCCUGUUAGUUAGUUUAGUAACACAACAUCCUGUUAGUUAGUUUAGUAACACAACAUCCUGUUAGUUAGUUUAGUAACACAACAUCCUGCUAGUUAGUUUAGUAACACAACAUCCUGCUAGUUAGUUUAGUAACACAACAUCCUGUUAGUUAGUUUAGUAACACAACAUCCUGCUAGUUAGUUUAGUAACACAACAUCCUGCUAGUUAGUUUAGUAACACAACAUCAUGUUAGUUAGUUUAGUAACACAACAUCCUGUUAGUUAGUUUAGUAACACAACAUCCUGCUAGUUAGUUUAGUAACACAACAUCCUGUUAGUUAGUUUAGUAACACAACAUCCUGUUAGUUUAGUAACACAACAUCCUGUUAGUUAGUUUAGUAACACAACAUCCUGCUAGUUAGUUUAGUAACACAACAUCCUGCUAGUUUAUUAACACAACAUCCUGUUAGUUAGUUUAGUAACACAACAUCCUGUUAGUUAGUUAGUUUAGUAACACAACAUCCUGCUAGUUUAGUAACACAACAUCCUGUUAGUUAGUUUAGUAACACAACAUCCUGUUAGUUUAGUAACACAACAUCCUGUUAGUUAGUUAGUUUAGUAACACAACAUCCUGUUAGUUAGUUAGUUUAGUAACACAACAUCCUGUUAGUUUAGUAACACAACAUCCUGUUAGUUAGUUUAGUAACACAACAUCCUGUUAGUUUAGUAACACAACAUCCUGUUAGUUUAGUAACACAACAUCCUGUUAGUUAGUUUAUUAACACAACAUCCUGUUAGUUAGUUUAGUAACACAACAUCCUGUUAGUUAGUUAGUUUAGUAACACAACAUCCUGCUAGUUUAGUAACACAACAUCCUGUUAGUUAGUUUAGUAACACAACAUCCUGUUAGUUAGUUUAGUAACACAACAUCCUGUUAGUUUAGUAACACAACAUCCUGUUAGUUUAGUAACACAACAUCCUGUUAGUUAGUUUAGUAACACAACAUCCUGCUAGUUAGUUUAGUAACACAACAUCCUGUUAGUUAGUUUAGUAACACAACAUCCUGUUAGUUAGUUUAGUAACACAACAUCCUGUUAGUUAGUUUAGUAACACAACAUCCUGCUAGUUAGUUUAGUAACACAACAUCCUGUUAGUUAGUUUAGUAACACAACAUCCUGUUAGUUAGUUUAGUAACACAACAUCCUGUUAGUUUAGUAACACAACAUCCUGUUAGUUAGUUUAGUAACACAACAUCCUGUUAGUUAGUUUAGUAACACAACAUCCUGUUAGUUUAGUAACACAACAUCCUGUUAGUUAGUUUAGUAACACAACAUCCUGUUAGUUUAGUAACACAACAUCCUGUUAGUUAGUUUAGUAACACAACAUCCUGUUAGUUUAGUAACACAACAUCCUGUUAGUUAGUUUAGUAACACAACAUCCUGCUAGUUAGUUUAGUAACACAACAUCCUGCUAGUUAGUUUAGUAACACAACAUCCUGUUAGUUAGUUUAGUAACACAACAUCCUGUUAGUUAGUUUAGUAACACAACAUCCUGUUAGUUAGUUUAGUAACACAACAUCCUGUUAGUUAGUUUAGUAACACAACAUCCUGUUAGUUUAGUAACACAACAUCCUGUUAGUUAGUUUAGUAACACAACAUCCUGUUAGUUAGUUUAGUAACACAACAUCCUGUUAGUUUAGUAACACAACAUCCUGUUAGUUUAGUAACACAACAUCCUGUUAGUUUAGUAACACAACAUCCUGUUAGUUAGUUUAGUAACACAACAUCCUGCUAGUUAGUUUAGUAACACAACAUCCUGUUAGUUAGUUUAGUAACACAACAUCCUGCUAGUUAGUUUAGUAACACAACAUCCUGUUAGUUAGUUUAGUAACACAACAUCCUGUUAGUUUAGUAACACAACAUCCUGUUAGUUUAGUAACACAACAUCCUGCUAGUUAGUUUAGUAACACAACAUCCUGCUAGUUAGUUUAGUAACACAACAUCCUGUUAGUUAGUUUAGUAACACAACAUCCUGUUAGUUAGUUUAGUAACACAACAUCCUGUUAGUUAGUUUAGUAACACAACAUCCUGUUAGUUAGUUUAUUAACACAACAUCCUGUUAGUUAGUUUAGUAACACAACAUCCUGUUAGUUAGUUAGUUUUGUAACACAACAUCCUGCUAGUUAGUUUAGUAACACAACAUGCUGUUAGUUAGUUUAGUAACACAACAUCCUGUUAGUUAGUUUAGUAACACAACAUCCUGCUAGUUAGUUUAGUAACACAACAUCCUGUUAGUUAGUUUAGUAACACAACAUCCUGUUAGUUAGUUUAGUAACACAACAUCCUGCUAGUUAGUUUAGUAACACAACAUCCUGCUAGUUAGUUUAGUAACACAACAUCCUGUUAGUUUAGUAACACAACAUCCUGUUAGUUUAGUAACACAACAUCCUGUUAGUUAGUUUAGUAACACAACAUCCUGUUAGUUUAGUAACACAACAUCCUGUUAGUUUAGUAACACAACAUCCUGUUAGUUAGUUUAGUAACACAACAUCCUGUUAGUUAGUUUAGUAACACAACAUCCUGUUAGUUUAGUAACACAACAUCCUGUUAGUUUAGUAACACAACAUCCUGUUAGUUAGUUUAGUAACACAACAUCCUGUUAGUUUAGUAACACAACAUCCUGUUAGUUUAGUAACACAACAUCCUGUUAGUUUAGUAACACAACAUCCUGUUAGUUAGUUUAGUAACACAACAUCCUGUUAGUUAGUUUAUUAACACAACAUCCUGUUAGUUAGUUAGUUUAGUAACACAACAUCCUGUUAGUUAGUUUAGUAACACAACAUCCUGCUAGUUUAGUAACACAACAUCCUGUUAGUUAGUUUAGUAACACAACAUCCUGUUAGUUUAGUAACACAACAUCCUGUUAGUUAGUUUAGUAACACAACAUCCUGUUAGUUAGUUAGUUUAGUAACACAACAUCCUGUUAGUUAGUUCGUUUAGUAACACAACAUCCUGUUAGUUUAGUAACACCACAUCCUGUUAGUUAGUUUAGUAACACAACAUCCUGUUAGUUAGUUUAGUAACACAACAUCCUGUUAGUUUAGUAACACAACAUCCUGUUAGUUAGUUAGUUUAGUAACACAACAUCCUGUUAGUUAGUUUAGUAACACAACAUCCUGUUAGUUAGUUUAGUAACACAACAUCCUGUUAGUUUAGUAACACAACAUCCUGUUAGUUAGUUAGUUUAGUAACACAACAUCCUGUUAGUUAGUUUAGUAACACAACAUCCUGUUAGUUAGUUUAGUAACACAACAUCCUGUUAGUUAGUUUAGUAACACAACAUCCUGUUAGUUAGUUUAGUAACACAACAUCCUGUUAGUUAGUUUAGUAACACAACAUCCUGUUAGUUUAGUAACACCACAUCCUGUUAGUAAGUUUAGUAACACAACAUCCUGUUAGUUUAGUAACACAACAUCCUGUUAGAUAGUUUAGUAACACAACAUCCUGUUAGAUAGUUUAGUAACACAACAUCCUGUUAGUUAGUUUAGUAACACAACAUCCUGUUAGUUAGUUUAGUAACACAACAUCCUGUUAGUUAGUUUAGUAACACAACAUCCUGUUAGUUAGUUUAGUAACACAACAUCCUGUUAGUUAGUUUAGUAACACAACAUCCUGUUAGAUGUAGUUUAUCUGGAGAUCUAUAGUAUCCAGAUCCAAUCAAACAUCCAGACGGAAAGAAGAAGAAGAAAUGGAGUGUUUAGAAGGUUAAAUGUUGCUGUGUUGCACUUUGUACCCGGUACUGACAGGGUGGUGAGGUAAUAUGGUGAUGAAUGUGUCUAGGAGGGGCAUGUCUUUUACCCCAAAGAGCAGAGAGAGAACUAGUGAAGAGGUAGAGAGAACUAGUGAAGAGGUAGAGAGAACUAGUGAAGAGGUAGAGAGAACUAGUGAAGAGGUAGAGAGAACUAGUGAAGAGGUAGAGAGAACUAGUGAAGAGGUAGAGAGAACUAGUGAAGAGGUAGAGAGAACUAGUGAAGAGGUAGAGAGAACUAGUGAAGAGGUAGAGAGAACUAGUGAAGAGGUAGAGAGAACUAGUGACUAUCAGAACCACACAUGCCUUAUCAAUAAUGACCUUCUCCCAAACACUACUUAUGGUAAACAUUGCUAGGAUGAUAACCAUUAUCUGAUCAAAUAAAUAGACGUUUAAGAGGAUUGUCAGUGUUUUCAAGUAUUGUUUUCUAUUUAUUUUUGAAAAUAAGAACCAUCCUGCAUAAUUUUCAUUGCUUCCUUCUGCGCUUGUUUUGGUGAUGCAGGACAGAAUUGAUUCAUAUUGUAGAAGAUGCAAUAAUGUAUUUAUCUUAAAGAAGAUAAUGUAUGUUGUCUUAUGGAGGAAAAGCACCAAUGCUAUUUUGUGCUUGUUAACGACACACACACACACACACACACACACACACACACACACACACACACACACACACACACACACAGGGUUUGAUGGCUCCCAGGGGUGAUGACUAGGUUUGGGUGGUUUCCAGAUUUGAACAUUGUCAUACCGUCCUUCUCUCAGCCUGAGAUUUACAGUAUUACCGGCUUAGUACACAAAGGGGUGUAAAAAAAACAAGCAAAAAAUACCAUUUGGCAUCUGUUACCAGAAUGCUAACAAAAGUAGCACAAGUAAUAGUGAAUUUCCAUGCCGGCUACUAGCUAAAUAUGCUAACGAGUGCAAAGACAGGCAAUCCAGCUCAUGAAGUUACACACAUAUAGGUAAGAGCUACCGAAUGUAAUUUUUGGUGAGUUUGGACAUUUACAAGCGAGUGUGAACAAAAGACAUUGUGCAAAAGAACAAAGUUUUGAUGCAUGCUUGUCUAGAGGAAGAACAGUACUGGCUCUGAAGCAGCAUGUCUACAUGCUGUGUCUGUGUGGAGUCUGGAGUCGCUAGAGCAACAAGCCUGCCUGCUCUGCUUGGAGAACAUAGGGGAGGAGCAGACGGGCUGAGAACGAAGAGGAGAAAAAACGCAAGGAUAUCAAAAGAUAGCAGUGGCAGCUGUACAAAUAAUUCAUCCAAAGAGCUAUGAUUUCUCAAACACGGCAGAAAGCUUACACAAUAAGUACGUUUACAUGCACAGUAAUAAGUCAAAAUUAAAUUCAUUAUGGCAGUAGGCGAGUAUGGCAUUAUUCUUACACUGCUUAUCUUAAUCGGCGUACGGUCAUAAUCGAAGUGAGCAUACGCUGAUUAAAACACCUGGUUUUCUGAUCAAUCUUUCAAAUGAUUAGGACACGUACAUGGUUUAAUCAGCGUUCCAGUGGGGUAGUUGAUCUGUGUAUGGUGCCAGCGCUGGUAACUCAAGCUGAGUGAAGUGAGUUCUGAAAAAGUGAAAGUGUAAAUAGUUUUCACAUACAAAAUCUUUGCAAAAAUAUCAUUGGUAAAAAGUUAGUUUUGAUUGGCGAUUUUCCGCAUUUAUCAAAGCAUGUAAACAUCUUGAACAAACGUUUGUAAUAACCUGACUAUCCACAAACGCAUUACUGUGUGCAUGUAACCAUGCUCAAUAUGAUGCCUCGUUACCGUAUCAAUUCAGUCACUUAGACUAGCAAGUUAAAUGUAGGGGGUGCAUUAACGCACGAUUCAUCAUUUUUUACGAAGGAAAAUAAUAUAAAAUGCAUAAGAAAUCUCUUGCUGUGUUUCGUAAAUGCAGAUCUAAAAUGGUUCUUAUUGUAAUUUCUGCUCGACGUCAGACUCAUUCUGUGCUUCAGUUGCACAUCUCCACUGGGAUGAGAAUUCAUGUGGUCAUUCUAUCAGCAGACAGCGUUCUGACUGAUGUGUUGCUACUUUUCUUCUGCACUUUUUCUCUAAGUGUAGCCAGCCUACUUUUCUCCGGUGAAAUUCAAGACGAACUUUAAGCUUAACAUUAGGAAAUGUAGCUGGCUACAUUCUUUCUAUGAUAAACAGAAAUAUGAUGGCCAUGCAUCAUUUUAGCUUUUUGAUUGUAGACUCAUUUACUUGUGGCUGCCAGCCAAGUAGCGUUGCACGUCUGUUAUCAUCUGAUGAAAAGGAGCCUAUUUUCUUCUGAAUGUGUUGGAUAAUGUCUUUUCUGUGAAGGAAAGCUUUAGUUGCACAUCCCUGAUCACUCUAUUGAAGCAAAAAAAAAACACUUGACUUUCAAUAUCAAAAGCGAUCCCUGUCAAUACACAGCCGCUUUCUCCCGUUGUGCUAUUUACAAACAAACACGACUGGCUCUACCGUUCUGGGGAACUAUGGUAAGCUUCAUAAUGUCAAAUAAUGUGACAGGUGAAAUGAAGAACGCAAUCUGCUUUCUCUACUAAAGUUUUGCACAAGUUAACUGCAAGUAUUUGCUUAAAAAGUAGAUACAAAUAUUUCUGUUAUUUAAAAACUUCCAGUUAAAAGUUUCGAUGGUAUUGACAGUGUUGAAAAACCAUUCCGUCACUAUUUCCAAAUACCCCGGUAUAAAACCCAAGCCCAGCGAUGAUCUCUGCUCCGUUGUUAGUGUGAUGAGGAUGAUACUGUGUUAUUCCUACCGACCCUCUAUAGUGAAAAGUUGGGGAGAAAAGGAAACCAAUAUGUACACUGCUCAAAAAAAUAAAGGGAACACUUAAACAACACAAUGUAACUCCAAGUCAAUCACACUUCUGUGAAAUCAAACUGACCACUUAGGAAGCAACACUGAUUGACAAUAAAUGUCACAUGCUGUUGUGCAAAUGGAAUAGACAACAGAUGGAAAUUAUAGGCAAUUAGCAAGACACCCCCAAUAAAGGAGUGGUUCUGCAGGUGGUGACCACAGACCACUUCUCAGUUCCUAUGCUUCCUGGCUGAUGUUUUGGUCACUUUUGAAUGCUGGCGGUGCUUUCACUCUAGUGGUAGCAUGAGACGGAGUCUACAACCCACACAAGUGGCUCAGGUAGUGCAGCUCAUCCAGGAUGGCACAUCAAUGCGAGCUGUGGCAAGAAGGUUUGCUGUGUCUGUCAGCGUAGUGUCCAGAGCAUGGAGGCGCUACCAGGAGACAGGCCAGUACAUCAGGAGACGUGGAUGAGGCCGUAGGAGGGCAACAACCCAGCAGCAGGACCGCUACCUCCGCCUUUGUGCAAGGAGGAGCAGGAGGAGCACUGCCAGAGCCCUGCAAAAUGACCUCCAGCAGGCCACAAAUGUGCAUGUGUCUGCUCAAACGGUCAGAAACAGACUCCAUGAGGGUGGUAUGAGGGCCCCGACGUCCACAGGUGGGGGUUGUGCUUACAGGCCAACACCGUGCAGGACGUUUGGCAUUUGCCAGAGAACACCAAGAUUGGCAAAUUCGCCAAUGGCGCCCUGUGCUCUUCACAGAUGAAAGCAGGUUCACACGCACAUGUGACAGACGUGACAGAGUCUGGAGACGCCGUGGAGAACGUUCUGCUGCCUGCAACAUCCUCCAGCAUGACCGGUUUGGUGGUGGGUCAGUCAUGGUGUGGGGUGGCAUUUCUUUGGGGGGCUGCACAGCCUUCCAUGUGCUUGCCAGAGGUAGCCUGACUGCCAUUAGGUACCGAGAUGAGAUCCUCAGACCCCUUGUGAGACCAUAUGCUGGUGCGGUUGGCCCUGGGUUCCUCCUAAUGCAAGACAAUGCUAGACCUCAUGUGGCUGGAGUGUGUCAGCAAUUCCUGCAAGAGGAAGGCAUUGAUGCUAUGGACUGGCCCGCCCGUUCCCCAGACCUGAAUCCAAUUGAGCACAUCUGGGACAUCAUGUCCAUGUCCAUGCACCAACGCCACGUUGCACCACAGACUGCCCAGGAGUUGGCGGAUGCUUUAGUCCAGGUCUGGGAGGAGAUCCCUCAGGAGACCAUCCGCCACCUCAUCAGGAGCUUGCCCAGGCGUUGUAGGGAGGUCAUACAGGCACGUGGAGGCCACACACACUACUGAGCCUCAUUUUGACUUGUUUUAAGGACAUUACAUCAAAGUUGGAUCAGCCUGUAGUGUGGUUUUCCACUUUAAUUUUGAGUGUGACUCCAAAUCCAGACCUCCAUGGGUUGAUAAAUUUGAUUUCCAUUGAUAAUUUUUGUGUGAUUUUGUUGUCAGCACAUUCAACUAUGUAAAGAAAAAAGUAUUUAAUAAGAAUAUUUCAUUCAUUCAGAUCUAGGAUGUGUUAUUUUAGUGUUCCCUUUAUUUUUUUGAGCAGUGUAUUAUGUUUUGAGUUUGAACAUUUCAUGGCUGACUUUCAAGAUGCGCAUCGUCAGUGCUUUGUGUGCUAACUGAAUUCAAUAAAGUUGUUUUUUUUCUUUCGGGAACAUUGUCUAGAUGAUAACCUGACGUUCCUCCACACUUCCUUCAGAAAUAGGAUAUAUCUCCGAGAAUCUCACACCUUGUUCAGACAUCAUUCAUUCAGUGUAUGCCUGUGAAUGUACAUAUCACUCAUCAAAUCCUGUCACAUUCUUUAUAUGCUCGUCAGUCACUUCACCCAUGUGUUCACCUUACAUUAGACAGAUCUAUUUCUGUACAAGGCAGCUAGCUAGUCUGAAUUAUUUGAGUAAAUGAUGAGUGUUGUCUGUAAGCAUCAUUAGCAUGUACACUACAUGACCAAAAAUAUGUGGACACCCGCUCGUCGAACAUCUCAUUCCAAAAUCAUGGGCAUUAAUAUGGAGUUGGUCUCCCCUUUGCUUCUAUAACAGCCUCCACUCUUCUGGGAGGCUUUCCACUAGAUGUUGGAACAUUGAUGCGGGGACUUGCUUCCAUUCAACCACAAGAGCAUUAGUGAGGUCGGGCACUGAGGCCUGGCUCGCAGUCGGCGUUGGAAUUCAUCCCAAGGGUGUUCGAUGGGGUUGAGGUCAGGGCUCUGUGCAGGCCAGUCAAGUUCUUCCACACCGAUCUCGACAAACCAUUUCUGUAUGAACCUCACUUUGUGCACAGGGGCAUUGUCAUGCUGAAACAGGAAAGGACCUUCCCCAAACUGUUGCAACAAUGUUGGAAGACAGAAUCAUCUAGAAUGUAAUUUUAUGCUGUAGCCUUAAGAUUUACCUUUACUGGAACUAAGGGGCCUGAACCAUGAAAAGCCCCAGACCAUUGUUCCUCCUCCACCAAACUUUACAGUUGGCACUAUGCAUUGGGGCAGGUAGCGUUCUCCUGGCAUCCGCCAAACCCAGAUUCUUCGCCGUCAGUCUGCCAGAUUGUGAAGCGUGAUUUCUCGCGCCAGAGAUCGCGUUUCCACUGCUUCAGAGUCCAAUGGCGGCAAGUUUUACACCACUCCAGCCGACACGGCAUAGCACAUGUUGAUCUUAGGCUUGUGUGCAGAUGCUCGGACAUUGAACCCCAUUUCAUGAAGCUCCCAACGAACAGUUAUUCUGCUGACGUUGCUUCCAGAGGUAGUGAGAUUGUGAGUGAGUGUUACAACCGAGGACAGACGAUUGUUACGCGCUUCAGCACUUGGUGGUCGCGUUCUGUGAGCUUGUGUGACCUACCACUUCACGGCUGAGCCGUUGUUGUUUCUAGACGUUUCCACUUCACAAUAACAGCACUUACAGUUAACCAGGGCAGCUCCAACAGGGAAGAAAUGUGACAAACUGACAUGUUGGAAAGGUGGCAUCCUAUGACAGGGCCACGUUGAAAGUCCCUCAGCUCUUCAGUAAGGCCAUUCUACUACCAGUGUUUGUCUAUGGAGAUUGCAUGGCGGUGUGCUUGAUUUUAUACACCUGUCAGCAACGGGUGUGGCUGAAAUAGCCGAAUCCACUAAUUUGAAGGGGUGUCCACAUACCAUUUAUUUAUAUAUAUAUGACACUAUUAACGAGAUGUUUCUGUGUCUACUACCGUUGACCUUCGAGACCUCCCCCACCCUCCCUCCCUCAAGUUCUCCCCCGCCUCUGCUAUCGAGAUCUCCAUCUCUCCUGCUUCCGUCCCUGUCCUCCCCACCCCCCUCAAGAUCUCCAUCUUACCCACUGAGUCCUUCCCUGUCCUCCUCCCCUGCCCUUCCCACCCCUGUCAAGAUCUCCAUCUUACCCACUGAGUCCUUCCCUGUCCUCCUCCCCCCCUGUCCUUCUUCUCUCCCCACAUCCCCUGUCUUCCCCCGUGUCAUGUCUUUCCCCUGUGGCCAGACAGCAGCAGCAGGGAGGCACGACUCCCCCCCUCUCUUUCUGUAAUGAACUCCCCAGGCACCACAGAUCAACCUCAUCAUGGCAAAAUGGCUCCCAGGGAACCACAAACUAACACAGUCAAAACAAACAUGAGUAAACAGGUGGAAUUGAUACUGGGGUUGUGUCUGUGUUUCACAGCUCUAAUCAGAGCCAUAGUAAAAUGGGGAAAUUGGGCAUUCACCAUUAAAACAAACUGUUCUUUUUUGGGGGGGUCCUCUGUAGCUCAGUUGGUAGAGCAUUACAUUUGCAAUGCCAGGAUAGUGGGUUUGAUUCCCGGGACCACCCAUACGUAAAACAGUUGUGUACGUAUGACUAAGUCACUUUGGAUAGAGUGUCUGCUAAAUGGCAUAUUUAGUUUAUAUAGAUGAAACAUUAGAUUGUGUGAAUGUUGACUACUGUUCAUUGGUAAUGUUUAGUUGAAUGAUAGAGAAUGAUAGAGGACUCUUCUGUGUAUCUGUCCCAUUAUGGUGUCUGUGAGAGCAUGGGCAGCGCCAUUGAGGCCAUCUCCAUUUUUGAAGUGGUCAGUGUUCUUCUACUAUUUCUAUGAGUUGGGGAAACAAAGUGAAAGGGUGCAUACUGCCACCUAGAGUUAGUUGUUUGAACAGGUAUAAAUCCUACUGUGUGUUGUCUGGAUGAUAUCCUGACGUCUCUCAGAAAAUCUCACACUUCAUUCAGUGUAUAUAUGCCUGUGACUGUCCAAAUCACUCAUUGAAUGCUUUCACGUUCUUCAUAUGCUCCUCAGUUAAUUUGUACCUUCAACCAUGUGUUCACCAAACAUCACAAAAGCUGAAGAACAUACAGACAUCCAGGUUCUUUCCUCAGGUGCUGGAGUUGUAAACAAACUCAUGGAAACCAGAAAGGAAAACACUCAUCAUUGCAGCUUCAUGUACAAAAUCAACUCAUAUACCCAACCGCGCCCAGGAUUUAAGAUCAAAGGCCUGAUUACCUGCAUGUCCACCAAGGUUGUGUACAUGUUGAAAUGGUUAAACCUGUAGAAGCCUUAAGACACGGAUCAGUGAACACCGCAGCAAUAUACGGACAGGUGAGCCAAAAAAUCAGGUCGCUGCUCAUUUUGUACAAGCUGGACAUCCUAUUAGUUCUCUGAGAUACAGUGGAGUAGAAGACAUCCUAUUAGUUCUCUGGGAUAUAGAAGACAUCCUAUUAGUUCUCUGAGAUACAGUAGAGGAGAAGACAUCCUAUUAGUUCUCUGAGAUACAGUAGAGGAGAAGACAUCCUAUUAGUUCUCUGAGAUACAGUGGAGUAGAAGACCUCCUAUUAGUUCUCUGAGAUAUAGAAGACAUCCUAUUAGUUCUCUGAGAUACAGUGGAGUAGAAGACAUCCUAUUAGUUCUCUGAGAUAUAGAAGACAUCCUAUUAGUUCUCUGAGAUACAGUAGAGGAGAAGACAUCCUAUUAGUUCUCUGAGAUAUAGAAGACAUCCUAUUAGUUCUCUGAGAUACAGUGGAGUAGAAGACAUCCUAUUAGUUCUCUGAGAUACAGUGGAGUAGAAUACAUCCUAUUAGUUCUCUGAGAUACAGUAAAGUAGAAUACAUCCUAUUAGUUCUCUGAGAUACAGUGGAGUAGAAGACAUCCUAUUAGUUCUCUGAGAUACAGUGGAGUAGAAGACCUCCUAUUAGUUCUCUGAGAUACAGUGGAGUAGAAUACAUCCUAUUAGUUCUCUGAGAUAUAGAAGACAUCCUAUUAGUUCUCUGAGAUACAGUGGAGUAGAAGACAUCCUAUUAGUUCUCUGAGAUAUAGAAGACAUCCUAUUAGUUCUCUGAGAUACAGUGGAGUAGAAGACAUCCUAUUAGUUCUCUGAGAUACAGUGGAGUAGAAAUGGUCAAGAUAUCAAACAGGGGAGGGGACAAUGAGAGGAAACUUCUUCAAAGGGAAUCUUUCUGGAUCCACAGUCUCAACACACUGUCUCCUCUUGGCCUUAACGAGGAGUUUGACUUGAAACCGUUUUUAUAGUUUCAAAAUGUCCAAAUUGUGUUGUUUUUAAAAAUCCUAAUUGCAUGUAUAUUACUGUACUUAUUGAUCACAUUCCCUGUGUAUGAUCAUAUAUUUUGAUACAUUGAAUGUUAAUAUUGUGAAACUAUGUUAUAAUUUUUUUUUUACCCCCAUGUUUCAGGAAGUGAUGUCACUGAGUACUGUCCCUAUAUAUAGGACCUUCCACCCCCACCUGGGAUAUGGGAGCCUGAUGAAGACCUAAGGGUGGAAACGUUGUUAGAAAUAAAGAUUACCUGGGAGCAUGA